AUGCUAACCUUCAACCACCCACUUCGCUGGCCGAUAUGGUCUACUCUAUGGCAUUUUAUCUCUGCAUUUUCAUGGAGCAUUGUUCGCCCAUUCCAAUUUAGGCUCCAUGGGUCGGCCGAGCUAGGAGUUGAGGAUGUUGGGCAGUGCACAAGCAUAGAAAAGGAGAUACAGCCACACGCGAAAUCAACUCCACUGAAAAAUUCACAAACGCACAUUGAAGAAAAUAGUUCAGUUGCAUGGGACGGAAGCUCGGAACUGGUAGUCUAUGACCCUCUUGUCAAAGAAGUUCUGGAUCAUGGCUCAACCUCCAUCAUUACACGGAUCAAACCUGGGGUUGUUCUCAAAUCGCCUCGCUAUUCAUGGUGGCAUUCUUCAACCGCAGAAUCCCAUGAUUCAGUCAAACAUAUCAAACAUAGUUUCAAUGUUGAAGCGCAAAUUCUUGGGAUCUUAGGGGACCACCCUAGAUAA